ACACACACACACACACACGCGCAUACACCGAAAUUGGUUUUGGAUACCAGUUAAUCUUGUGAAUAAAGCCAGAACAUCAGUGUGAACCAUUCUCACAUGCUGAAUGCUAACCACACACACACACACACACACACACACACACACACACACACACACACAAUUCUUACAAGCACACACAUACAAACGUCUGCUUGCACACACCCACACUAACCACACACACACAUGCACAGAAACAAACACGCUCCACCUUCCAACGGUCAGAAGCAACAUGAAACAGAGAGAUUUGAAGUGAAGCUCGCAGCUGACAGAGAUAGACAAGAGAGAGAGAGGGGGAGCAAGAGGCAGAGGGGGGGGCAACAUGGAGACCGCCGGGAGGCCGCUUUAGACUUUAAACUUGUUGAGUUUGACUCCAUCGGUACGAGGGGAUUCACUCACUGUUUCUGUUUAUUCCUUUAAUUCCCACGUUUAUGUGAUUGGUCAUAAAGCUGUUGAUCAGAGCAGGACUCCCUGAUGGCGGUUGUGCAGGCCGUGCUGCCCUCCUUCAGCUCCUUCUCUGACUGCCCCCUGCCCCAGGCCGAGAUGAAGUUGGAGAGUUUAGAUGAGGACCCUUUCACUCAGAGCGACGUCCUGUCGGACGCCGCCUCAGAACAGCAGCAGGCGCCCUGCUCCAUCAAAGAGGAGCUCCUGAACCACGACAGCGAUGCGUCCUGGGACAUCGAGUUCCUGCUGUCCGAGUGGAGCAACCCGUCCCCUGGGUUCUCCCCUCCUCUGGACUACAGCACCCAGCCCCCCCAGCCGGCUGACCAGAGCACCCUGUACCCCGAGGGCCACCUGUUUGACGCGCUGCCGCGCCACGACGGCGGCGGCGGCGGCGGCGAGCUCGGACCCCCGUCUCUGGCGGAGAGCUCGCUGUCGGCCGUCCCGGAGCUGUACCUCCGGGGCUACGGCGGGAACGACCCCGCGGGCCCGCCCUCGUACCCCGCCCCCCCGCACCCCGACCCCUUCGGCCUCGGCCAGGGGUCCGGCGGCAUGCCGGGUCCCGGCGAGGACAUGGGCCCCCUGGGCGAGGCGCUGGCCCCGUGGGACUUCGGCCCCUACCCCUCCCACUACCCCCAGCAGCAGCCGCCCCCCCUCCUCGCCACGCGGCCCUACCCGGAGGGCCGGUUCCUCCACGCCCCCGCCGCGCCGCCCAGCUACAACUACCCCCUCCACCACCAACACCCCCCCCACCAACCCCCCCCCCACCUGCACCUGCAGCAGCACCACCAACACCAGCAGCACGCCAACCUCUACUACCACUACCCCCCGCAGCACGGGCAGGCCGGCGGCCAUUACUCCCUCUUGCAGCAAGGCAUCAUGGUCCGGGCGCCGCUGGCCAGAGGGUCCGGGGGCGGAGGGGGGGCGGAGGGGAGGCGGGCCCGCAGGGCGACAGUGAAGAGGAAGCCGGCCGUCCACAGGUGUGAAUUCCCCGGCUGCAGCAAGACCUACACCAAGAGCUCCCACCUCAAGGCUCACAUGCGCACGCACACAGGGGAGAAGCCGUACCACUGCUCCUGGGACGGCUGUGGCUGGAAGUUCGCCCGCUCGGACGAGUUGACGCGUCACUACAGGAAACACACGGGGCAGAAGCCCUACGAGUGUGGGCUCUGUCAGAGGGCCUUCUCCCGCUCAGACCACCUGGCGCUUCACAUGAAGAGACACACCUGAGACACACACAAACAGGUGGGGUAUGUGUGGGGUCAUUUACUAGUUUUACUCUCUCUCUCUCUCUCUCUCUCUCUCUCUCUCUCUCUCUCUCUCUCUCUCUCUCUCUCUCUCUCUCUCUCUCUCUCUCUCUCUCUCUCUCUCUCUCUCUCUCUCCUAUUGAAGGAUCAACAUUUGAACUGGGAGCUGAUGGGUCGCAGACAUAUCGAUGAAUACACUGUAGACUGUAGACACCUUUACAGCAGACGUAAACACUAACGCAGACCUCCCAGAAGGUAUGACGUAGGGAGGUUUGGAAAGGUUGUGUCUGUGGUUCAAGGUUAUGACCGAUCGCUGUCUCAACCCCCAGAGGGCAACUGAUAUCUUUGUCUCAUUCCCAUACACAGAACCUUUUUGAGUUUGAACUAAAAGUUACAACUUUUUACUUUAAGUCUUUUAUAAAUAUUGUUUUCCGUUAGUAAGCCACAGUAUAGCUAUAGCUAUAGAAGUAUGUGUUUUUUUUGCCUGCUAUUGUGUUAUUUGCCUGUUAAUGUAAAGUGAAACACUGUGCAUUGAUGUACUAGGGCGUGGUUGGGCAGGCCAUCAAUCAGACUACUUAGGUUCAAAACGGACACAUUUACACUGGACAUCUGUAAAUAAGUAGACUUAUCAAUAUUAUCAGUUGUAAUAAAUAAAAUAUUUACAUAUUUAUUAGAAAUAUAUUUGAAUAAUGUGUCUUCUUUUUUUUUUACACUUUGUACAUUUGGCUUAUCAUGUUCAUGUGUUAAUAAAGAUGAAGGUUGAAAAUGA